UUUACAAAUUAUCAGCUCUAUGUAUACAUUAUAUAGUUCUAAUAUAUUAUUGUUGAAUAAUUUAAGAUUUUGGAUUUAACCUCAUAGUUAAAAACGUUAAGUCAAUAGCUACAAAAAAUGGUGAAAAUAUCUCUUCAAAUUAAAGCAAAUUUAGAAAACAUAACUGAUUUAGCACCAGAUGGUCAAGAUUUUCGAUGGUAUUUAAAGUUUCAAUGUACAAAUUGUGGCGAGCAAUCAGAUAAAUGGAUAUAUAUGUCUCAAGACGAAAAAGUUUCAAUGAAAGGGAGUAGAGGUGAAGCUAAUUUGGUUACUAAGUGCAAAAUGUGUUCUAGAGACAGUUCAAUUGAUAUUCUACCUGAAACUGUAUCAAAAUAUACUAUUGAAGACUCAAACAAAUUUAAAACAGUUGUGUCGUUCGACUGUCGAGGCAUGUCAGUUGUGGAUUUUUCACCUAGAAAUGGCUUUAAGUGUCGUGGCAUUGAAAGUAAUACACCUUUUGAGGAUAUAAACUUAGAAGAAAGAGAAUGGGUGGACUAUGAUGAAAAAGCAGGUCAUCCAGUUGGAAUUUAUGAACUUCAACACAAACUCAUAAAUACUAAAUAAACAUAAUAUACUCAUUUUGUUUUUUGUUAA